GGUAAACCUUGAUCUAUACCAGACUUAUGGUAAAGGCGAGGGUAGGAGGGGUUUAUGUAGAAGACUAGCAGAGGACUAUAAUCCCGCGGAAUUGCAGUCAUAAUGAAUGAUACCAACCUAAUUAUACAUGAUCAAAGCCCGAGCAAGAGAUAUAAUUCGACGCAGGUUGUCUCUUACUAAAAUCUGACAAAUACGGUUUAUAAGAAUAAUUAGAUUUAUACUCCGUCAUCGAUGCCAUGCAUCAUAUAAAAGGGGAUGGAUGCCCGCGUAUCAAUGGAAUAUCAAACUCGAGCAUAUCAGAUUGCAACUUCAAAGGCCAUUAAACACUAAAAAUCAUGUCUUCCACGCCAGCAGCAACAGCAGACGAUAUUGCCCAGCACGGUUGGAGCGCUUUUCCAGUUGAUGGAAAUGCCAUUCUCAAAGGAAAGCCUUAUCUUCACAAACCUUCGCCCCUAACGGUGAAGGAUAUCCCUUUUCCCUCCGAGGAUGCUAUCGUAUGGAAGAUUCAAGAGUAUGCCAAGAAGCAUCUUAUUGAACAAACCUACAAUCAUUCAAUGCGCGUUUAUCACUGGGGUUAUUCCAUCCUCAAGGACCAGUUCCCCGAGCAAUUCGGCAAGCUAUCGCUGUCGACCUGGGCGUUGACGUGCCUCCUCCACGACAUAGGCACCACACACGAGAACUUGCGAACAACACUGCUGUCGUUCGAAUUCUACGGGGGGAUCCUAGCGCUGAACCUAACCAAGGACCUUGGUGCACCCCCGGCCCAGGCCGAAGCCGUAGCCGAGGCGAUUAUCCGCCACCAGGACCUAGGUGCGGUCGGCAAGAUCACGUUCCUGGGCCAGCUGAUCCAGCUGGCGACCAUCUACGACAACAUGGGCAUCAACCCGCAGAUCGUCGACCCGGUCACCAGGGACGACGUGAACAGGGCGUACCCGCGCAAGGGCUGGAGCGGCUGCUUCUCGAAGACGAUUAGGGAGGAGAUUGGGCUGAAGCCCUGGGCUCAUACGACGCACCUCGGGGAGGAGGAUUUCCCCGAGGGGGUGAAGAAUAACGAGCUUAUGAAGCCGUAUGAUGGUUGGGGUUUGUAGGAUGAAGUAUUUGGAGUGAGUACCCAGUGGGAAUUUUUGCAAUUGGAAUACUCGUUUAGGGGUUGGGCAGUAGGUGGCUGUUGGAGAGGCGUGAUGAGGAGGUGGUGUGAUAUGAGUAGCACAUACCUUAGUUGCUAUGGCAAUGAACAGCAGAGAUUAUGAUCCGUUUACCUGUUGGAAAUAGUGAAGUAAUUUCCCGUCCAGUGAUCCAGCUAUUAUCAUCUAGUAGUGUAAAGUGAACAUUAUAAAAUAAGGUAGUCAAAGCUGAUUCGUUUUUAAGACUGGUGGUCCUAUACUGUAUAUGUAUCUCGCAGCUACUU